GCCAGGGGUUCCGGACCUGGGAAAGCCUCCGCGGAAACCUGUCCGCCUCUAUGCAGCAACUCUACAAAUGCAAAUCUCUCCGACAGAGGACAGUUUUGCAGGAAUGGUUUUCUCUGGCAGGCAAUCUGGCCAUGUUGGCAGACCUGAAGAAGUUUUACUGACUUUCAAGAUAUUUCUUGUUAUUAUUUGUCUUCAUGUUGUUCCGGUUACAUCCCUGGAAGAUAAUGCUGAUAAUUCCAGUUUGUCCUCACCAUCUGCCGAACCAUCUCUUGGUUUUGUCCCCUACUCCAAUCCAGACGUUGAAACGACAAGCCUCAAUGAUGCUACUUCAAGCGUAUUAUCUACUUUAAACAAAACAGAAAAAACUAAAAUCACUAUAGUAAAAACCUUCAAUGCAUCAGGGGUCAAGGCCCAGAGAAAUAUCUGCAAUUUGUCAUCUAUUUGCAAUGACUCAGUAUUUUUUAGAGGUGAGAUAAUGUUUCGAUAUGACGGAGAAAGCAACGUUACUCUGAAUCAAGAGAUAACGAAUGGCAACUUAACUGGAGUCCUGUCCCUGAGUGAACUGAAACGAUCAGAGCUCAACAAAACUCUGCAAACUCUCAGUGAGACUUAUUUUAUAGUGUGUGCUAUAGCAGAGACCCAAAGCACAUUAAAUUGUACUUUCACAAUAAAACUGAAUAAGACAACAAAUGUAUGUGCUGUCAUACUUGCUUUGAAAAGUGUAAAGAUUCGACCCCUGGAACACUGCUGCUGUUCUGUCAGGACACCCUGCCCUUCCUCCCCAGAGGACUUGGCAAAACUGCAAUGCGAUCUGCAGGAUCCCGUUGUCUGUCUUGCUGAUCAUCAACACGGCCUGCCAUUUUCUCCUUCCAGAGAAUCCAUCCCAGUUGUGCCUCCAGCCACUGUUCUUUCCCAGGUUUCCAGUGCCAUCUCUUCCGCUGAGCCCCUAGAUCACAAGGCUCCUUCUCCAACAAAGGAGAGUCACCCCCCUCCUCCUCAGCCUUCAGCUCCCGUAGCUUCCAGCACUGCCAUUGAUGUGCCCCCCCAAUUUGGAACUAUCUCUUCCCCCACACCCCAAACCGAUCCUUCAAGUAUUCUACCGCCUGCGAAAGCCUCACUUUCCUCUCUCACCACGAAGGCCUCCGUGAAUGUCAGUGUCAGUGUCACCACCAGCACGCCUCCUGGCACGAAAGAAAUUGUCAACACCAGCAGUUUUUCUGAUCUUGAGAACCAAGUGUCCCAGAUGGAGAAGUCUUUGGCCUUAGGGAGCUUGGAGCCUCACCUUGCUGGAGAAAUGAUAAACCAAGUCAGCAAACUCCUUCGUUCCCCGCCUGCCACACUCGCUCCUGUGGCUCAAAGAUUGCUAAAAGUAGUGGAUGACAUUGGCUUACAGCUGUAUUUUUCAAACCAGACCAUAAGUCUAACCUCCCCUUCUUUGGCUCUGGCCGUGAUCAAAGUGAAUGCCAGUAAUUUUGACACAACUACCUUUGCGGCUCAAGAUGCUGAAAAUCUUCAGGUUUCUCUGGAAACUCAAGCUCCUGAGAAUAGUAUUGGUGUUAUUACUCUUCCCUCCUCACUGAUGAGUAACUUACCAGCUAAUGAUGUGGAAUUAGCUUCCAGGGUUCAGUUCAACUUUUUUGAAACACCUGCCCUGUUUCAGGACCCUUCCCUGGAAAACCUCUCUCUGAUCAGCUAUGUCAUAUCAUCAAGUGUUGGGAACUUGACCAUCAAGAAUUUGACAAGAAAUGUGACAGUCACAUUGAAGCACAUCAACACGAGCCAGGAUGGUGACUUAACAGUGAGGUGUGCAUUUUGGGACUUGGACAGAAACAGUGGCAGAGGAGGCUGGUCAUCUGAUGGAUGCUCUGUCAAAGAUAGGAGGCCGAAUGAAACCAUCUGUACCUGCAGCCACCUUACGAGUUUUGGCGUUCUGUUGGACCUAUCUCGGACAUCCUUACUGCCUGCUCAAAUGAUGGCUCUGACGUUUAUAACAUAUAUUGGUUGUGGACUUUCAUCAAUUUUUCUGUCAGUUACUGUGGUAACCUACAUAGCCUUUGAGAAGAUCCGGAGGGAUUACCCUUCCAAAAUCCUCAUCCAGCUGUGUGCUGCUCUGCUCCUGCUAAAUCUGGUCUUCCUCCUGGACUCAUGGAUAGCGCUGUAUAAGACUCGAGGCCUCUGCAUCUCAGUAGCUGUAUUUCUUCAUUAUUUUCUCUUGGUCUCAUUCACCUGGAUGGGCCUGGAAGCAUUCCACAUGUACCUGGCCCUUGUCAAAGUGUUUAAUACUUACAUCCGAAAAUACAUCCUUAAAUUCUGCAUUGUGGGUUGGGGGGUACCAGCUGUGGUUGUGACGAUCAUCCUGACCAUAUCUCCAGAUAACUAUGGGCUUGGAUCCUAUGGGAAAUUCCCCAGUGGCUCACCAGAUGACUUUUGCUGGAUCAACAGCAACGCCGUGUUCUACAUUACAGUUGUGGGCUAUUUCUGCGUGAUAUUUUUGUUGAAUGUCAGCAUGUUUAUCGUCGUCCUGGUUCAGCUCUGUCGAAUUAAAAAGAAGAAGCAAUUAGGAGCCCAGCGGAAAACCAGUAUUCAAGACCUCAGGAGUAUUGCUGGCCUUACAUUUUUACUGGGAAUAACCUGGGGCUUUGCCUUCUUUGCCUGGGGACCAGUUAAUGUCACCUUCAUGUAUCUCUUUGCCAUCUUUAACACCUUACAAGGAUUUUUCAUAUUCAUCUUUUACUGUGUAGCAAAAGAGAAUGUCAGGAAGCAAUGGAGGCGGUAUCUUUGCUGUGGGAAGUUACGGCUGGCUGAAAAUUCUGACUGGAGUAAAACUGCUACUAAUGGUUUAAAGAAGCAGACUGUAAACCAAGGAGUGUCCAGCUCUUCAAAUUCCUUACAGUCAAACAGUAACUCCACUAACUCCGCCACACUGCUAGUGAAUAAUGAUUGCUCAGUACACGCAAGCGGGAAUGGAAAUGCUUCUACAGAGAGGAAUGGGGUUUCUUUCAGUGUUCAGAAUGGAGAUGUGUGCCUUCACGAUUUCACAGGAAAACAGCACGUGUUUAAUGAGAAAGACGAUUCCUGCAAUGGAAAAAGCCGUAUGGCUUUCAGAAGGACUUCAAAGCGCGGAAGUUUACACUUUAUUGAGCAAAUGUGAUUUCCUUUUUCUAAAACCAAAGCACGAUGCUUGACAGUGUGAAACGUCUGCUUUUCCCUUUUACACAAUGUGAGAUGUAUGAAAAUCAACUUCUUUUAUACUCUGCAACCUCUCGAGGAGCAUAAGCCAAUGGAGGGCAGUGAUUCUAUUAAAAGAGUAAACCAAGACAGUGUACCAUGAUUUCUAGACCCCUGUGAUUGGUUUUCUUAUCCUUCAUUUCAAUAGAAGGUUGAUUUUAAGCAACAUGCUAAGAGUAAGACUCCUGUCUUUAGAAAAAAAAUAGUUCAUUUUCAGUCACAUUCCAAAGAGGCUAAGUUACCUUUGAUAACGUCUUAUGAAGCGACUUGACUUCAGCCUGCUGUCAGUGUAGUUGUGCACGCCUUCCUUGGAUAUAAGCUAACUCUCGUCACCUACAUGUCAACAGUCUUCUACAUUUUUGUAUUUAUUUUCUACUGUGUAAAUUUAUUGCUUUGUAGAAUCGUGGUUGUGUUGUUUUUGUCUAACGUGGCAAUUCAGAAAAUCCUUGCUAGUUCAGUGACUUCUAAAGCUCCUUUAGAGAUUAUAUGGGCUGGGAAAUACUGAAACCUCACUGAAAUCAAGAAAUGAUGAUACCAGCCAGACUGGGAAAACAUAAGCAGAGGGUGCCACAUUUAGCUCAUACAGUGCCUUUGAGCAGGUUAGAAUAAGAUGCCCUCUCUGGGCAGACACAGCCCCUGGUAUCAUGGUUUGACCAACAGAGCAGGGGCCAUAUUUUAGCCCCACUCACCCUCCUGGGUGCGUUCUUAUGCAGGGUAAGACCUGUACAGCCAUACGUGGCAUCCAAUACUCAUCCCCAUCUCCUGAUCUCAUCCCCAAGGACCAGAUUAUGGAAUCAGCACCAAAAUGGCCACAGAGAGGGGAUGGAACUGUAAUCUAGACCAUAUGUCAGGAAAAUUGUGAACAUACUUAAGAUGUACACACUGCCACUUCUCAGAUCUAAGAGCCUUUCAGAAGAGAGGAGUAGACUAGGAUUACUUUUUAAAAGAGUUAUAUAUAAGGAAGAAAAUCAUGGCCGUUCUUAAAAAAAAAAAAGGCAACUCCCUGGUAGGUACAUUGUUUAUUGUUACGACUGGUACAGUGUGGCCCAGCCAGAGCUAUAAUUAUUUUUUUAAAUGUGUCAAGUCUUGAAGAGUGUCAAGUCUUGGGUCAAGAGGGAGCAGCUUUUGGGAACAGUGAAGUGUCCUGCAGUUUCCAUAUAUAUUAAACCUUGAUUGUUCCUAGUAAUGUAGGGUCUGUCUUGCUUCCCACUUACGCCUGCUUGAGCACGGCCUCUAAUAU